CUCCUCCUGCUGAAGUCAGCCCAUGCGCGCUCCCGUGCCCGUGUAGAGGCGAAUGCGGCGCUGCAAGGAGGCAGACCCCGAGACUUCAGCCCCCCUUUUCAACACGAAAAUAACACUUAUUUCGUCCCUUACCACCGUCUUCUGAGGAAUAACAUUCUGCGAUAACUCUGUAGGAUGCAAGGACUGUCUGGUUGGUAGAUGCCUGCAGGCUGUCAAUGCGUGGUGUUCCUGGAGACUGUCUUUAAGGAGAAGUGUUUGGGGUGAGCUGCUGACCGCCCUGCGAGCCGGACCCGGUGUCCUAUCUCUGAUCUCCUGCCAAGGAGACAGCAGUUGCUGCACACUCUACACCUGACCCCCAUCCCCGCCCCGUCCCCGCCGCCACCAUGGUGCUGUCACAGAGGCAACGUGACGAACUAAACCGAGCGAUAGCUGAUUACCUUCGUUCCAAUGGAUAUGAAGAGGCAUAUUCAGUUUUCAAAAAGGAGGCAGAAUUAGACAUGAAUGAGGAAUUGGAUAAGAAGUAUGCAGGUCUUUUGGAAAAGAAAUGGACAUCAGUCAUCAGAUUACAGAAAAAGGUGAUGGAAUUAGAAUCAAAACUGAAUGAGGCAAAAGAGGAGAUUACUUUAGGUGGGCCAGUUGGACAGAAGCGAGACCCCAAAGAAUGGAUCCCCCGUCCCCCUGAGAGAUACGCCCUGAGCGGCCACAGGAGUCCUGUCACCAGAGUCAUUUUUCAUCCUGUUUUCAGCGUCAUAGUCUCUGCCUCAGAGGACGCGACAAUAAAGGUAUGGGAUUAUGAAACGGGUGACUUUGAGCGGACCCUCAAGGGCCACACAGACUCGGUGCAGGACAUUUCCUUUGACCAUUCUGGAAAGCUGCUAGCCUCCUGUUCAGCAGACAUGACCAUUAAGCUCUGGGACUUCCAGGGCUUUGAGUGUAUCAGGACCAUGCACGGGCAUGACCAUAAUGUUUCAUCUGUAGCUAUUAUGCCCAAUGGAGAUCACAUAGUUUCUGCCUCAAGGGAUAAAACCAUUAAAAUGUGGGAGGUGGCUACUGGGUACUGUGUGAAGACAUUCACUGGCCACAGAGAGUGGGUGCGCAUGGUGCGGCCCAACCAGGAUGGGACCCUGAUCGCCAGUAGUUCUAAUGACCAAACUGUGCGCGUUUGGGUGGUGGCCACAAAAGAAUGCAAGGCAGAGCUGCGUGAGCAUGAGCACGUGGUGGAGUGCAUUUCUUGGGCCCCUGAAAGCGCUCAUCCCACCAUCCUAGAGGCAACUGGCUCAGAGACCAAGAAGAGCGGGAAACCUGGUCCUUUCCUGUUGUCUGGUUCCAGAGACAAGACGAUCAAGAUGUGGGAUGUGAGCAUUGGCAUGUGCCUUAUGACACUGGUUGGCCAUGAUAACUGGGUCCGUGGGAUUCUUGUGCACCCUGGAGGAAAGUUUAUUGUGAGCUGUGCUGAUGACAAGACUUUGAGGAUCUGGGACUACAAAAAUAAGCGCUGCAUGAAGACCUUGAGUGCCCAUGAACAUUUUGUUACCUCUCUGGAUUUCCACAAGUCGGCUCCGUACGUCGUCACUGGGAGUGUAGAUCAAACAGUUAAAGUUUGGGAGUGUCGCUGAUCAUAGCCGCAGGACCCUUCACAACACCUCCAUGCUCCCCUCCACCCCCGGACCCAUUCCACUUCCCCCUCAGCUUCCUCCUGCUCUUCUGGAUGCACUCGAACACCACGGUUAUCACCCACCAAACUCCGGUUCAAUAGCGUGUCCUUUUAUGUAAAUUAUUCUGGAUGUAGAUCGAGCUAUUAAAUGAGAAAAAAAAAAAAAAAAAGUAUUCUUGCAUGGUGAAUCCAAAACUGUAUACUGUAAAUUUACAUAAUGUUGUCUAGAAGUACCAUAGGUUUAACACAGGCUGAUCUUUCACUCAGCCUGACCUACCGAAGGCAGAAGCUGACUGGGUUUAAUGUAGGGCACUAAACUGAUAAUUUAAUGACAGUGUCUGAUUUAUUUUUGUCUUUUUUUUUUUUUCUUUUUUUUUUAAUUUAGUUUUGUUUUCGUCCACUGUCUUAGUCUGUUUGUGCCUAGCUUGGAGACCUUUCAAGGGGCAAAAGCUACAGAACGAAUCUAAAAUGCUGAGGAGGAGAGUUGAUCUGAUCGUCUAUGGGGCUUGUUAUCGGAGUUAUUCUGUAGCUUUGUUGCAUCACUUCUGGAGUGUACUUACCAUUCUCUUCUUGUGGAUUUAGAUAACAUUUAAUGGUUGCAUCUAAGAACGUUUCAUGUGUUUUUGUCUGGAAACGUUUGGGAAUAAAUCUUUGUACACUUGUCAUGACACGUCCUACUGAGAAGUACAAUCCCAGAGACAUGACUUUACACUGUAAGAGAGAAUAGGAGUGAAUUUGUACAAAACUCCUUUAUCCAAAAAGCCAUGCUGCAUAGUGGGCAGCAAAAGUUUUUCUUUUUGCCCCAAAUCAGAGAUAGCUUUAGUAAAGAUUUUGAUUUUGACCUCUAUGAUUUGUCUGUCACUCAGGAGCACUUCAAACUUAAACGUUGCCUCUACGAAGCACUUGAUUUGGCCCUCAACGUUUGUUACAACUGCAUUCAGAUGAAGACGUCCUGAUUCUUCCUUUGUUGUUUAAUGAUCUCAUUGCCCCCUAUGGCAGUUGCGCUGAGACUUGAGAAAUCAUAAUCCUCAGUUUGGACAUAGGGUGCAAAGCAUGACAAGAGCUCAAAGUUUCCUCUCAUCAGGGGAUGUGCAAAAAUCUGUCUUAAAAGAAUGGGUGCAAAGAUUUCCAUGGUGAAAAUAAAUGAAUAAAACGAAACGAUGGCUUACGAUGAAAUGUAAAAAAACAACAAAAAAAAACUACUCGAUACUGUGGAAAGCUCAAUCUUAUAACAAGUUGUGGCGCUGCAAACUGAUGAUCUGCCUGUUCUCUCUGUGGAGAGUCCUGAUGGUGACUCCUAUUGUAAAGGGAUCUUCAUACUGUGGACCAUAGCUGAAUAUCCCUAAAAAUAACCACAGGUGCUCAAGCCAUUACUUUAGUGCGACGAGUGGCACAUUCUCUGCUUUAUCUGUUAAUAAAUGUACAAAUAAAUACACAAUGGGAAAUGAUUUGAUAAAGUCCCAAACAUGGAGAUAAACCAUUCCAUAUCUUUUAAGGAAAAUAUAUGCCUUUUGACUUUGUGCGAAGACAAAAGAUAUUCAAUUAACUUGCACAUCCCUGCUAUUGUCAAAUUUUCGGUCCCAUCGGAUUGAAGGUUUACACAAGGCUUCAAAAUGCAUUUUAAUUAGCCUUUUCAUUCCAAUGCAAUUAUAUAAUAAAGAAUUCACUGCUUAACCAUGCUAUUAUCAAGCGAUUUCCUGUUGUGUGUGUGUGUACUGGAUGUACCUGCUGCUGCUGCUGAAAAUCUGAUAGUGACUAGUCUGAGAUCUGUACCUGUCCACGUAGCACUGCUGCAUGUAACCGUACUGAGGAUUGAGCUGUCUGGUGGGGAACCAUUGGCCACGUUUGAUGUCCGACCAUCCUCAAAUGGUCAAAGUGACGUCUAAUAUAUUUAUAUUGUGCCAUGAUUGGUUCAUGAAGCUAGACACCCUACCAGAUAGGUCGGCUGGCGUGCUAACAGUGGGCCGCUCAGUAUGUGGUUGUAGAGGCCGAUCUGUGUGUGCUUGUAUGAAGGAAGAUGACGACUUGAUUUCGCUAUGGGAUUGUGGCAGACUGAGCAACCCGAGGGAGAAGUGCCCAUCGCAAGCAAACACCGAUGAUGCCUCCUGUAGUAAUUUAGAUGCUGGUGGAGACGAUUGACAUUGGUUCUUCAGUCACUUCACUGUGUUACGCAGCACAGAAAAGAGAUUCAUAUGCAACGGGGCUGUAAACCCAAACCAAAAAAAGUGGAUAAUUUUGGACAAAAAUAUUGCUGAAACUAAUCAUUUGUAAUUUAAACAUGUAUUAACAUUGUCCAGAGUUUAUCCCAAAGAGAAGUGCUACUCCCUUAUGAUUGGCUCUCCUUAAGACCUUAAGAUUGGACAUGUCUCUUUAAAAGGUCUUUCUGGGUUUGACAACGAUGGUCCUGUUUGUAUGUGUCCGGAGAGAAAGUUUGCCAUUCGCAGGUCCCAAGCAAUCCCACUGCUGCACAUGCUGGAUGGGUUCAUGUACAGACAGACUCGUGAAGGUCCUGUCUGUAGGUCCAUCCUCCAGCCACAGGUCUAUCAUCAGAUAUUACUUUGUGAAUAGAUUGGAGGCUUCAGACUUCACAGCUUAAAUGGGACUCUUUGCUUUUUAUGGUAUCACUGUUCACACAGCCAAUUGUUAACAAUAUAUCUGGAUGUUAUUGUUUGCAACAUAAUUAAAGAAGAAAAAUAUGAA